AUGAAUUGGAACCUACUUUUGGAUGAUAAAAUUAAAUAUUAAAAUAGUAUACUUUUUAUUAACAAUGGUUUUGGCAUUAGUCAUUCCUUUUCACAAUUUUUCAGAUAAUAUUAAAAUUGUUUUUUCUUUAAUAAACUUAAUGAUGGAAACACGAAAUGGAGGAUAGAAAGGCUGAGGAUUGUAAAAUAUAAUAUUAAUUCUAAUAUAGAGAGACUAUUAAGAUUGUGAGAUUACGUUUUUAGAGAAUGAAACUUUUUAAGGGAUUAUUGAGGGUAUGUUUUCCAAUCAACCUUAGAAAGAUUUAUAAAACAAUUGGAUAUUUUUGGGAAAUGA